GGAUUCUGAUCUCCCAGCAAAUGGUGUAUGUAAAAUUCAUCAGUUCUUCCAGGAAGGCUUUGUAGAAUUGGGUGGAUAAAUGUAUGUCAGAAGCCACUGUAGAAGGAACAGUAUAACAAUACAUGUCUUAUCGUCUCCACUGAGCCAACACCACAGCGACAUAAGCGUGCAUCAUAGGGGACAUUGUUACACCUCUCCUCUAAUAAGGCUCAAGGCAUUUGCUGUCAAGAUUCAGUUGUGGGAUCCCUCUGAAUAACCAUGGCAGAAGGCGGAUUCGAUCCCUGUGAAUGUAUUUGUUCACAUGAGCAUGCAAUGAGGAGACUAAUCAAUCUGUUACGACAGUCGCAAUCGUAUUGCACAGACACUGAAUGUCUUCAAGAAUUGCCAGGACCAAAUCCAUCAGCUGAUAAUGACAUCAGUGUGACAAUGAUAAUGAUGGGUUGGCUGGUUCUGGCAUUUGUCUUGUUCUUGAUGAGACCUGCGAACCUAAGAAGAUCUUUGACAGCUGAAAAGCCAUCCAGCCCACAUAAUGGACGAGAACCACCAGCUCCACCUGUGGACUAGAGCAUACAGGCAAAGCACAACAACAAUAACUUUGCACGACCAAAAGAACGAAAGUGACCGGACUACUCCUGAACUCAAUAACAAUACUGUUCUGUUCCAUACAUUUAAAUCCUUUUCCUUUUUCUCCUUUCAUUCUUAGACGCCUGUGUUUGAACAAAUUAACACAUAUAGGAGGUGACAUACAAUUGCAGUAACACUUGAGAGAAUAAUUUAAAAAAAAAACAGUUCUUUCCCCCAAUUUUUUUCAAAUUACAACAAUGUGCACAACCUACAAGCAGUUUAAUCUUUAAUUUUUGUACACUCUGUUCAAUGAGGUUGUUCACAACAAUUUCCAGUAGAUUACUGUCACCUGUAUUUCCAUGAAGCACAAUCCAUGUUGCUUUCAAUUUAUUCUGUUUCUACUACCAGAAUUGUUUCUGGCACAUAGAAAUUAAUCUAUUUGUGUUAUUCAGUGUAAAUAAUUCUCUAACACAAGGCCAAAUUCAAUUUCUUAUAAGGAAGCAGAAUGAUUUACCUAUCACCUGACAACCAAAGUCUGAAUAACUAAUUUCUAAAUUAGUAAUGUUGAUGUUGUCUUGCGUAUCUCUCAGUAAUGUAUAUAGCAAACUAAAUCCACCUUUAAACAGAUAUUUUCUGUGUAUGUAGAGGAAUGGUGUUCAUGAGGAAUUGUCCUUCUUAUAUGGACUUCCCUGUUCACUUUAGUGGAGUAUGCUAUGUCUAAAAGCAUACACUUGAGCAUUCUUCUUUCACAGUAGUUUAGAAUACACUGUAAACGGGAAGCAAUCUAUGCACUUUAGAAUGUGCAUAGAAAUUUGGCUGAGGAUAUGUCAAUAUUAUUUAUUCAAAAAUAGUGGAAGAAAAUCAAUGACCAGACACAGCAAUCUCCUUACAUUUUGAAAUCAGUGCACAUUUGCUGUACCUUUAAGGAUAGUGCCGCCUUUUUCACACAAGUAAAUGAAUUAUUUGUAGCCCAGUCUUGCUUUGCCAACAAAUACGUGCUUUGAAUAGCAUUUAUCAGUCAGUGGUUUCACACAAUGUUGUAAGCUAUUACAUUAUGUGACCACUGCUAAAUACUAAUGGCCAGUAUCUCUUUUUAAAAUUAAUGCAGUCCUAAAGAUAAUGUUUACCUAAAGAUAAUUUUUAUUCAAGAGGCAUUUGCAUAUUUUUCUAGAAUGUUCUGUUUCUUUUUGAUAACAUGACUCCACUGUGUAUUAUUUAUUCAAUUGCUAACAUUUUCAUACUCUUAGGAAUAGCUAAGCCUCUAGGGCAAAAAGUCCAGCUGUCAUUUCUUUUAUGGAUAACAAUAAUCAACUAAUGCUGUGCAUUUAUAAAAACUCCCAUCUGUUCACAAAACAAAACAGAAUGGCAUAUUUAGUAGCUGUUUGAAUAGAAAAUUCUAAUCUAUGCAUUGUACAUCACAUUAAUUAUAUUCCAGUGUUCACCACCACCAAAACAACGUAAGAUUGAAAGGUUCUGGGUUGCUACGAGUCUUCUGGGCUGUAUGGCCAUGUUCCAGAAGCAUUCUCUCCUGACAUUUCACCCACAUCUGGAACAUGGCCAUACAGCCCAGAAGACUCACAGCAACCUAGUGAUUCCGGCUAUGAAAGCCUUCAACAAUACAGUGAAACGUUUGUUUGUGAGAGCACCCUGAGAUUUUUGUAAAGGGAAUAAAGAGGCAGUUACAAAGCAAGUGUUGUUUCAGUUUAUAAAGCUUAUAAUGAAAAUGCAGGAAUAGAAUGCUAAGAAAUCAGAAUUGUAAAAGGCACUCUGCAUAUUUUUUAAAAAUGAUGUCAUAGACUGAGUUGAUAAAGACUAUUUGGAUUACAAAUGUGUUUAAACUGUGUUUUGAGUGCUCUUCUAUGUAAAAUGUCUCUUGUUUCAAACAAAUGUAGCAUUAUUAUAGAUGUCUUCAUUGAACUUUAGUGCCUGCUUUGGUAGUUGACAUUUAAAGAGUGUCCCCUGCCCACACAUGCUGAAUUAAAAAUGAUACCUCAUUGCAAGCUGAAGUGGCACAAUCCAUAUUUCUGCUAUCUCAGUGUAAAACAGAUAUAAGUCUGACAGGAUUCUUAAGUUGGUUGCAAACUGGAAUGUAGGAUUUGCCGUUUCCAUUCUUGUACAUUGUUCCUUUCCCCUCUACUUUGAAAUGACCUCCAGCAGCACAUAGAAUAGCUUUAAUAAUACGCUUUCUAUCAAUGUU